UAUGCCCUCCCUACACUAUCCCCUCCCUACACUAUGCCCUCCCUACACUAUGCCCUCCCUACACUAUGCCCUCCCUACACUAUGCCCUCCCUACACUAUGCCCUCCCUACACUAUCCCCUCCCUACACUAUCCCCUCCCUACACUAUCCCCUCCCUACACUAUGCCCUCCCUACACUAUGCCCUCCCUACACUAUGCCCUACACUGAUCUUCCACAGAUACCCCUCUGUGUUGCAUGCUCUUCUCCAUUCAGAAAGUCCUGCACAGUGUCUGACACAGGAUUUUAUGUUUUGAGCCAUCAUUUAAAGAGACCAAGACAUGUUAGAAAUAUAAUUUGUUCACAUACAGCAACUGAAGCGCAUAUACACUGUAGUGUCUGUUUCAGACCAACUUGACUUCUUUAUAUAAAUUAUAUUAUAACAGAUUGUCUUAUUUUGGACUAUUCAUAUUUUCUUUUAUGGUUGUCCCAAUGUGCCACGGGUUGUGCGAUAUCUGUAGCUUGUUUUAAACCAAUAAAGCUCUUUGGAGCGAGUUGCUCUGCCACAAUAUCAGAUAUUUUUUCAGAGGCCAUUGUUAUAUGAUGGCAUUCAGUUGUAUGUAUAUUGUAAUAAUAACAUAUAAACUUGAGUUUUGGUCAUGACUUGGAAAUUGCUGGAAACUAUCAUGGUGGCAGAAACUGUGUUAAGAUAGCAGUUUUAACCCGACUAAUGAUAAUUGUCUUCCAUUUUGAGAAAAUAUAGUCAUACUCUUAAUGAACAUUCUGUUUUCAUCUAUUGUCAGUUAAUGUUUAAUUCUGUAGGGUUUUGUUAUGUUAUUUUAUGUUGGUUUAUUUUUCAGUUUGAGUCCAUGUGAAGUAGCACCGUCUACAACCAUUGAGAGUGGUGAUUGAUUUGUAUGUAUCCUCAGAGAUGGGGUGUAAUUGUAAGUUAAUAAAAUACUUUUGUGUAGCUAGUAUUCUCAUGUGUUUGGUGUAUGUUCAUUAUGUUAAUGCUUUGUGCACCUUUUUUUGAAGUCCAAAAAUGAAAGUGUGGCUGACCUGACGAUGACAACGCCUCCAACCACUGAGCCAACUCUGAGUUUGCAUUAUUAAGUGGACGUGAAAGACCACAAGCCUUGGGUAAAUGUUAUAACGACUUGGUUAGCCACACAGGUGUGGGUUUCAAUUAAAUGUAAUUGUAUGGUUACACCAAUGACUAUUGGUUACGCCGAUCUCCUGUGCAGAGCAGCCUUUGGUCCACUGACUCUCCUAGUUUGGGCGGUCAUAUCACACUGGGCAGGGGAUGUGUUGCUAAGAUACGGUAAACUGCUGCUAGUUUUGUGUUGCGUUGAGAGUGGGGGAAACGCAAACAUUUGAGGAUACGGCAGGGAGUUUUGACGCUUCAUUUCAUUAUCUUGUAUCCUCAAGAGGAAAGCACUCACAAUGGAGAUAGUUCAUGUGUACACCAAGAAGCGCAAUGAGUUUGGGCGACAGUGUAAUUUCUCUGAUCGGCCUGCUGAGUUGCAUGUGGACAUCCUCCCUGAUCCUUUUCUGGCAUCCAACUUCAUUGAGAGAGACCCUUGCGAUGUUCCCAUACAGUGCACACAAGAGAUGUCCGAGCAUGAGGUGAACACAGAGCGCUUUGAGUCAGACACAAGGGGGAUAAACCAUGUGGAGGGAGGCUGGCCCAAGGACGUCAACCCUCAGGAGAUGGAGCAGACCAUCCGCUUCAGGAAGAAAGUGGAGAAAGAUGAGCAUUAUUUCAGCACCAUCAUGCAGCUGGGCAGUAAUAUGGAGCAUUGCAUCAAACAAAACAAUGCCAUCAACAUCUACCAGGAGUACUUUGAAGAGGAGGAGGUGGUGGAGGAGUCCGAGGAGCAGCCCUCAGCCAAAACCAUCAAUGUUUUCAGAGACCCGAACGAGAUAAAGCGCACUGCCACCUGUCUGUCCUGGCAUCCCGAUGGCAGCUGUAAACUGGCUGUGGCCUACUCUUCACUAGGGUUCCAGAACAUCUCUCCAGACAUGAGCUAUGACUCAUAUAUAUGGGACAUUGAGAAUCCCAAUAAGCCAGAGAUGACCCUGAAACCGGUCUCUCUACUGGUGUGUCUGGAGUACAACCCCAAAGACUCUCACAUCCUGGUCGGAGGCAGCUACAAUGGCCAGAUCGCUUAUUGGGACACUCGCAAGGGGAGCCAGCCGGUGGAAAUGUCCACAAUAGAGCACAGCCACAGAGACCCUGUCUACAAAGUCAUCUGGUUGCAGUCAAAGACAGGAACCGAUACCUUUUCUGCAUCUACGGACGGUCAGGUGCUUUGGUGGGACAUCCGUAAGAUGAGUGAGCCCACAGAGAGGCUGGUACUGGACCCCAACAAAAAGGGCAACCUGGACAAUGCCUUGGGGGCGAUCUCACUGGAGUUUGAGACCACUAUGCCCACAAAGUUUAUGGUGGGGACAGAGCAAGGGCUGGUGGUCUCCUGUAACCGCAAGGCCAAGACCCCGGCAGAGAAGAUAGUGUGUACGUACAGCGGUCAUCACGGCCCAAUCUACGCCCUGCAAAGGAACCCUUUCUUCCCCAAGAACUUCCUGACCGUAGCCGAUUGGACAGCCCGCAUCUGGUCCGAAGACAUCAAGGAGUCGUCCAUCAUGUGGACAAAAUACCAUAUGGCCUAUCUGUCAGAUGGCUGCUGGAGUCCAGUACGGCCCUCUGUGUUCUUCACCGUCAAAAUGGACGGGACGCUAGACGUUUGGGACUUCCUCUUCAAACAGAACGACCCCACCCUCAGUCUAAAAGUGUGUGAUGAGGCUCUGUACAGCCUGCGGGUGCAGGAUAACGGGCGCUUCCUGGCCUGUGGCUCUCAGCUGGGCACUGCCACCCUGCUGGAAAUCUCCCCAGGGUUGUGUACCCUCCAGAGGAACGAGAAGGCCCUAGCCACUGCGAUGUUUGAGCGGGAGACUAAACGGGAGAAGAUCUUGGAGGCGCGCCACCGUGAGAUGCGUCUGAAGGAGCGCAGCCGCUCGGAGCAGAGCAAGGACGAGGACACCAAAGAGGGUGACGGAGAAGAGAGCGUCGAGGAGCUAGCAACUCGCACGGAGGCAGAGUUCUAUGAGAUAGUAGAAGCUGAGCUGAAGAAGAGAGCUAAGGAGCAAGAAAAAAAGGAGAAAGACGUGUGUGAAGAGAAAGAAGUCUGAGACAGAACACCUUAAGAACACCAUGUUCCACAUGCUGUUUGAAAUGUAAUCUUGAAUCAAUCGAAUAAAUACAGCAAGGCAUUUUCUAUUAACAGAGAAAUAGAUGUUCUCAGUGAGUCAUGCGAAACUCAUUAACAGGAUUGAGGUACUGUUUAAUUAUUGUUAUUUAUAAAUAAUCAUUAGGGUUUUCUUCAUUGAUUAAAGGAAAUGUAUUUUGCUAUGCGUCUUGGGAUUUUGACAUUUGUUUCCUUUGUAGAAAUCAUGAAGACGGGGGGCACAUUGUAUGAAAUGAGUCAUAUGCCAAGCCUCAAUGAAUGUCAGAGUCCUGGAUUGUAGAUAUUUGUGUGCAAUUUCAAGAGCAUAGUACAGGCUGACUCAUUAAUUAUAACAGUGACUCAUUCAAAGUGAGUGCAGUGUGGCAUUGAAGACCUUGUUGAGGAUAGAGGGAAAGGACCCAUAUAUGGACCAUUACCAUUCCAGAUUUGGGAUGGAGAUGCUUUUGGUUGGUAUGCAGUUUCACCCAAGUACCCCUGACUGCAGUGUGCGAUUCAGGCUGGGCUCAAAGUGGGUUUGACUCUGCCCAUGUUUUACCCCUGCCCAUUUGUUGAGGUUUGACAGUCACACUGAAUACAAACGUAUUUCAUUUUUGAAGAUCGUUAGAAAUAUAUAAAAAGUGGUACCAGCAGAUGUUGUAACACUUUGCUUCAGGACAAGCUACUGAUAUUGUUGCAGUGAACAACAGACUUGUUAUGUAUGUCAUGUACUGUUAAAAUUGUGUUGAUAAAUGUUAUAACUUUGUAA